UUCAUUUUUCAGAUCGAUCACUGCGUCCAUUUUUUCUUCAGAACCCAGUUUUUCUUCACCCUUGUUAUUCGUAUUCUCGCUCAAUUUCAUACCCAGAGCUGAUUCGACCUCACCGUCGGCGAUCUUUUUCUAUCUGAAUCUCGAACUCAAAGCCAAUUGUCUGCGGAAAUUGUCCGCGGCUCAAUAGAGCAAACGCAAACCUAUGAUGUGAUUCUUUGAUCCUGUGGCAUUCACUGCUCCCAUAAAGACUCAAUUGGAUCCUCUUCCGCGGCGGAUGACGAGUAUCAGGUGGCUUUAUGUGGUAGCAGUAGUUAAUUGAAUUGUGGAUCUAUCGUUUGUUCUUAAAUGGCGUGGUUUAGUGGGAGGGUUUCCUUGGGUAACUUUGCAGAUCUUGCUGGAGCGGUAAAUAAGCUCCAAGAGAGCGUGAAGAAUAUUGAAAAGAAUUUUGACACUGCCCUUGGGUUUGAAGAGAAGUCGGAGUCCAGCAGUGAUGCUCCUGGAUUCUGGCAAUCAGCUACCGAAGGGAAAGCACUCUUCGAUCCGGUCAGGGCAUUAAUUGGGCAGAAUAAAACUGAUGAAAGUGUUGAAGAAGAGUCAUCAAGUGAAUCACAAUCUUCACCAAGGCCAACCGAAGUUGAGGAAUCAUCAGAGAAACAGGACUCUUCACAGAUUCAAUCCGAUUUAAAUGAAAAAGAAGGCAUUGAAACUGAGGCAGUUCCAUCUUCUUUGAAGGAAUCAAAUACUGUAAAAGACGUUGAAGUGCCUGCAGAAGAGGAUGAUGAAAGGCCAGAUAUACAAGAGGAAAGCCAAGGAAAAGCUGAAUCUGAAUCACCAGUCAUGCCCAUUGGAAUUAUUGGAUCUUCUUUUGAGAAUGAUGAAGUAUCAGAAUCUUAUGGUGAAGCCAAUCAUGGAUCACCAAGAACAUCUGUUGAAACUCCUGAACCCACUGCACAAACUUCAGAUUCUGUUCACUACCUACAGCAGAAAGAGUUUUCAGAAACAGAAACUUCUAUUCAUCCAGAGUUAGGUACAAAAUCAGGAGCGACUGAUGUGUAUCAAGAUGAAGGAAGUAAUGAGCUGUUAGCUGAAUCUCAGAGUUCUUUUGACGUGCAUAACAAAAGUGAUGAACAAAAAUUGCUAACAGAUAGGAUAAAUGAACCAAUUAUUGAGGUAGAGAAUAUUGAUAGAAUAAAAACAGAAGAAAAGGAGGAAUUAAAAACGGUUUCACAUAUUGAAGCUGAAGCUGAGUCAUCUGAUGAUAAUCAAGGUGAAGGUGGUAGUGAUUCUUCUAGCAUUCAGUCUGGUAGCACGGAGGUAAAAGAAGGCCCUCGUGAAGUUUCUGCAAGUGAAUUGUCCAAUGCACCUCUUUCUGACGAGGCUUCUAUGCACAUUUCCAGUUCAGAUUCUCAUGAUAGCGAUCUAACAAUUAAAGCAAUUGAAAUGGAUCAGCGAACCCAAGGUAGUGAGAAAGAAACUAAAGAGCAACGUUUGAGCUCAGGGACAAAUAUACCUGAUCAUUUAGAUUCUAUGCAUGAACUAGAGAAGGUGAAGGCUGACAUGAAAAUGAUGGAAACAGCAUUGCAAGGUGCAGCAAGACAAGCUCAGGCAAAAGCUGAUGAGAUUGCAAAAUUGAUGAAUGAAAACGAGCAUUUGAAUAAUGUGAUUGAGGAAUUAAAGAAAAAAUCCAGUGAUGCUGAAAUUGAGUCAUUACGAGAGGAAUACCAUCAGAGAGUCUCAACUCUCGAAAGGAAGGUUUACGCCCUUACCAGGGAGAGAGAUACACUUAGAAGGGAGCAAAAUAAGAAAAGUGAUGCAGCUGCUCUUUUGAAAGAAAAAGAUGAAAUAAUUAAUCAGGUUAUGGCAGAAGGUGAGGAGCUUUCAAAGAAGCAGGCUGCUCAAGAAUCUCAGAUUAGGAAAUUAAGGGCUCAGAUCAGAGAGCUUGAAGAGGAGAAGAAGGGAUUAAUUACCAAGCUUCAGGUGGAAGAAAAUAAAGUAGAUAGCAUCAAGAGGGACAAAACUGCUACAGAGAAGUUGCUGCAAGAAACAAUAGAAAAGCACCAAACAGAACUAGCAGCACAGAAAGAGUACUAUACAACUGCCUUAACUGCUGCCAAGGAGGCUGAAGCCCUGGCAGAGGCACGUGUAAACAAUGAAGCCAGAACUGAGCUAGAAAGCCGUCUUAGGGAGGCCGAGGAACGUGAAACAAUGCUUGUUCAGACACUUGAAGAAUUAAGACAAACUUUAAGUAGAAAGGAGCAGCAGGCCGUCUAUAGAGAAGAUAUGCUUCGUAGGGACAUUGAGGACCUUCAAAAGCGUUACCAAGCAAGUGAGCGACGUUGCGAGGAGUUGAUCACACAAGUCCCAGAGUCUACAAGGCCUCUUUUAAGGCAGAUUGAAGCAAUGCAGGAAACUACAGCUAGAAGGGCAGAAGCAUGGGCUGCUGUUGAAAGAUCUCUUAACUCUAGACUUCAGGAAGCAGAAGCCAAAGCUGCUGCUGCCGAAGAAAGAGAGCGAUCUAUAAAUGAACGCUUGACCCAAACAUUAUCUAGAAUUAAUGUUCUUGAGGCGCAGGUCUCAUGUCUGAGAGCAGAACAGACCCAAUUAAGCAAAACCCUUGAGAAGGAGAGACAGCGAGCAGCUGAAAUCAGGCAGGAGUAUCUUGCAGCAAAAGAGGAAGCUGACACUCAAGAGGGUCGUGCAAACCAACUUGAGGGAGAAAUUCGGGACCUUAGAAGGAAACACAAGGAAGAGUUGCAAGAGUCUCUGAGGCGUAGGGAGCUGCUGCAGCAGGAGAUUGAGAAGGAGAAAGCUGCCAGAUCGGAUUUGGAGAGGAAAGCUCAUCUCCAUUCUACUGAUGUUUCUGAUCAUAGUUCCAUAACAAGGCAUAAUAGGACUUUUGAGAAUGGUGAUUUGACACGUAAGCUUUCAAGUUCUAGUAGCCUAGGAAACAUGGAGGAAAGCUAUUUUCUUCAAGCAUCGUUGGGCUCGUCAGAAAGUUUUUCUGAUAGAAAAGUUACUGGGGACAUAGCCAUGAGUCCGUACUAUAUGAAGAGUAUGACUCCUAGUGCUUUUGAGGCUGCCCUUCGUCAGAAGGAAGGGGAACUUGCAUCAUAUGUCUCUCGUCUGAAAUCAAUCGAAUCUAUCCGUGACUCUCUUGCUGAGGAGCUAGUGAAAUUGACCUCACAGAGUGAGAAGUUAAGGGCAGAGGCCGGUAUGUUACCAGGCAUACGAGCAGAACUUGAAGCACUGAGAAGAAGGCACUCUGCUGCGUUAGAGCUAAUGGGUGAACGUGAUGAGGAGCUGGAGGAACUCCGUGCCGAUAUCGUGGACUUGAAGGAGAUGUAUAGAGAACAAGUAAACUUGCUUGUGAACAAGGUAUGCAAUGAGAAAGACAAAAAGAAGGCUUUAUUCUUUUGA